AUGACGAAAAAUUCAAGCGUGAAAGCCAGAUCAAAUGCGGUGAUAGAUGAAGGCAAAAGCAAUGACGUGGCGGUGCUGACGAUUGUGGUGAUCGGAGGGAUUGACGGCGACGGUGAUGCAGUGAGGGUAAAGGAAGUCUUUUCGUUCUUCCAUAAAUUUCUUCAAUUCAAUUUGUUAUCGCUUUCUCAACUACUAUACGAUUCCUCCAUCUUCUUCGUAUCGUUAUCCAUUUACAUACAUAUAUUUAGGUUAAGAUCCACCGUUGCAUCCACUGUUCGUUCUACUGCUUCAGCUGCAUCUACCAUUGUCGACCGUGAUAAUGAUGUAGUUCCUGAUCAGGUGCCAUGGGUCGAGUUUGACAAACUUGAAUGUGAGGGAGAUAUCUCACACAAAGUGCUCUUGCUAGGGUAUCAAUUUGGUUUUCAAGUGUGGGAUGUUGAAGAUGCCAACAAUAUGAGUCCUUCUCUACGGGUGGAAAUCUUCCGGGUAAUGUUUAGAUCGGUUGUUUACUCAGUAAGAUGCGGUUCACGUAUUGUUGUUGUUUUACAAUCAGCACAGGUGCAUUGUUUUGAUGUUGCAACAUUACAAAGGGAGUACACAAUUAUCACAAAUCAAAUAGAAACAACCCCUUCAAGAUUUGAAAAGAUAGGAUUGGGGCCUGUUGCUGUUGGCCCUAAAUGGAUUGCUUAUAGUGGUAGUAUUGUUGCAUUACCAAAUACACGUGUCAACCCACAGCAUCUCACACACUCCAAAAAAAUUUCUGCUCCUGGUUUAAAUGGGAGCAUUGUUGCCCACUAUGCAAAACUAUCAAGCAAACAACUUGCUGUUGAAAUUGUUACUCUUUGUGAUAUUGGUUAUAAGAACAUUUCUAGUUAUUACUCUGAUUUCUUGCCAGAUGGCAAUAUUUCUCAACAACUAAACGCUCGUAAAGAUCGUGUAGCAUCUAAUGGAUAUUUACCUGAUGCAGAAAAUGUUGGAAUGGUGAUUGCGAGAGAUGUUUUUAGCAAAUCAGUAAUUGCUCAGUUUAAGGCACAUGACAGUCCUAUAACAUCACUAUCUGUUGACCCUAGUGGUACCCUUUUGGUUAUACAGGACAUAAAAUCUGGAUUAUCACCUAAUUCAGGACCACAGGCUCUUUCUGCUGUUAGCAGAAUAAGGAAUGGAAACGGUGGUUGGAAAAAUGUGGUGACAGGGGCUGCUGUAGCUGAAUCUGGGAGGGUGAAUAAUUCAUAUUCUGGGGUUAUUGCUUCUACUUUUUAUAAAUGCAAGGGUAACAGUAACAAUACAGUAAUGUCUGGAUUGGACAAUGCUUAUGAAUAUUGUUCUGAUCAUGAUUCGAGAUUGAUGAUAGCAGGAGGGUAUUUCCGAAAAGAAUCGAAAACGAAAAUAGUGAUUAUUUCGAAGAUAUAUUUUCAAUCUUUAAAAAUGGAUGAUGUCAUAAUGGAAGAGGAAAAUAAUUCAAAAGGUGAAUUUGAGAUAGAGAAGAUUAUAACACACACUGUUGAAGCAAGACCAAGACAUUUGGUGCCAGCUGUCGAUCACUUCCGAGGACCUAUAGUUCAAACAACACGAGUUCUGAGUUUAGAUUACAUCAGUGGUGGGGUCACCCUCAAAUCUCUGUUUCGAAUGGUGGUGAUCCUAUGUACUUGAUGCCAUAUGCUGAUAAUAAUGGUGAUGAAGAAAAUAGGGGUGGAUGCUAGUCAAAUGCCAAAAAGUGUUGUAAAUAGUGACAGUUGUCUGAUAUCUGACACUCAACUAGAGACUGUAAAUAAUAGAGAUUGCUCGAUAAGUGUGAGUGGGACCCAAUCACAAUCUGAGCUUGUAAAUAGUAACAACAUCAUAAGUCAGAAACUGGAGAACCGUUUGCAAGAUGAAGGUGACAAGGAGGUCGAUUAAAGGUGGGGACAAGAUCUUUGUAUGAUUGUUUCUAUUGUAAAAAAAGGAGGCAUGUGGAGGGGUUGAGUUUACUUCUUAUAUUUGUGGAGUUGUGGCGAUUGUAUCAAAAGUUUGUCGUUCUGAUGACUUGUGUAAAUAACACUUUGAAUAAUCAUGAAUAAUGAUGUCUUGGAUAGUAGCAUCAUAUCAUUUGCAACUCUUUGAUUUUGGCUUCUUCUCAAUUCUAAUGCUAAUUUGUUUUCUUA